AUGGUGGACUCACCAGACUCAGCAAUGCUACACGAGCAACCACCUAUCAGACGGGGUGCAGACACCAAAGCGAGAGACUCAAUCAACAUAAUAUUUGACUGGUUUUGGGCUAAACUACUGGCACGGUUACAGUCAAUUGAACCAAGUCAUACAGAGACUAAAAUGCACAGAGCAAGCAAAGGGAAGACCUGGGAAACCUCCUCAAGAUGUAUAGGAGCCUUCAACUACAACUUCCCGAAGCCGGGGCCCUCCCGGGUGGAGAGCAACAGGGGUCGAACCCCAAAGAGGCCAACCACACCAGCGGAGGGCAGAAAAAAGAAAACAAAGACAGAUGACCACAGACCACUGCACCAUUCCAGCAGGGACGACCCUGGGCCGCAUAGGAACCUAGGCUCAUGGCACCAGGCCACCAGCUCUCGCAAAGGACCGGGGCAGAAGGGUACAAGCGGCAAACCACAGACCCAUAUGACCCUCAGGAACACUAAACUCAGGUCCACACGGGAAACACCGAGACAGGGGCGC